GUUCUUAUUCAGACUUUAUAUGCAAGUAGUUCUAUAGCUUGACUUCCAUCAACUGACCAAAGCAAGAAUCUUUACGCAGAGAGGAUCAUAUGGAUAAUUGCAGCUUAGAUAUCUGCCUAUCUCCAUUGUCCUCUUCACUUCAAUCUUGUUGCCAAGAUUCCAAGGCUAGUCAAUCUUUAGCCACAAAGCCUAAGAAGAACAAUGCAUUCUAUAAUGGGGAAGUACGGGAAUACGAUCUUGUGGAGACCCAGAUAAGGAGGGUAAUAGAGAUGGCGAGGAGCAAGGAGCAUGACAUAACGGCGUUGGAGUUAGCACCGGUUAGACUGGAAUCGCCGUUAGUGUUCUCGGUGAAGAGAUCUGUGGAGAGGUUCUUGGAGAAGAGGAAGAGAAGAAGCAAAUGUGUUACGCCUUACAGUUACACUUGCAGCUCCACGUCCUCUUCCUCAUCUUCGCAUCAUCAUUUCUAAAACUCUAUUUAUAUUUAGUUUACGUUUUUUUCUUGUUUUUUCCGUAUACUCGACGAUGAAUUUCGAGUCUUUUUUUUCUCAUCUUGUUUCUUAAAUCAAGAUGUUGCAUUUGUAUAAAAUUCGGAUCAUUUGGAUCGCUUGUGUUAGUUUUUUUUUCUCUCUCAUCAACUACAAUCGGUGGCGGAUCUAGAGAUGGAUAUUAUGGGGGGCAAUAUCAAAAUUGUUCAAAGAACAUCUGGGACAUAAAAUACAUUAUCAAAAUUUUACAUAGAAUUUUAAAAAAUCAUCGGGGGCACAUGCCCACCCUUUCCACCAUGUGGCUCCGCCACUGACUACAAUACGUUGUAUUUCUCAUCUAUAAAGCAAAUAUAGCAAAAUAAGAAAAUGCACACUUUAUUUUGCUGAUCCCUCACCUCCGAUCAGGCUAGGGAAGCUUCUUGACAAAACAGUGAGAAACAAGUUAAGUGCAAUAAAACUUCAUGGAAACAGAGCAUAUGAAGAAUGGCCUUGCAACCUGGUUUGGUUCACGGGGGAACAACUAGGAUUUCUCUUUAGUUAUUCUUUAAUUUAUUAAAAUUCACAGAUUAGAAUCCUCCUCUCAGAUAAAGAAGCACUUGAUGUAAAAGACUCUUUUUUCGUUUGAAUAUUAUUUCACGUUCAUUCAAACAGAAAAAAGAUGCACACUUUAACAAACCAAAAAAAAUCUUAUGAAUGUAAAAAACAUGAAACUAGGUGGAUACACCAACUAUUAGCACUAUCAGAGUAUAUAAUUAGGAUAGUAAAGUUGUAGAUUACACGUCAUUCACCAUUACAGAAACUUUAUAGUAUUUUAUCAGGUAUAAUAAAACGAGAAAGUCAUUUCUAGCAAGAUAGUACUUUAAGAUAAUAUCUAAUAUAAAACAAUACUUAAAGAGUAAAACCACAAAGAAACCACUACAGGAAAAUAUUAAACCAGCUCUACAUUAAGUUUUGUUGUACUCUCUCAACUCCCAUCACAAAAAGUAGGAGAAAGAGCCCAUAAAACGAAAUCUUGAAACAACCAAACAAGAGAGGCAAGAUGUAUAAGAAACAAAGAAAGAGAUUGUAUCCAAGAGUUUUUAAAAGAGGAUUUUGUGGGAAACAUGUCAGAAAAACAAACUUCCAACUCCAUUUCCCACCUGCUUCCAGAACCUAAAACCUGUUAAUCCAAGAGAUGGCUAGCGCCUAAUCCUUCUCUUAGCUCCAAUCUCACCGGAUAUUCUAUACACAAAUCACUAAUAUCAUUCCCCCAAACUUUCCUACUUGUUCCCUAACAAUAUGGAGUUUUAGAGCAACAACAAAUGGCUCCUCUCGGAGAAGACAUCUCUCCAUCCGAUAACCUACUCCCAUGUUUCACAUUCUUUCCCAUCAUCAUUAAUACACAAACCAAGCAGAGUUUGCAUUUGUCCACCAUUAUAACAAUAAAAAAAAAGAGUUCAAACUGAAAAAAAAA